AUGAAUAAAACACAGAAGGAAUUGAUCCCAUUGAUGGGCAAGAAAACAAAUCCACCAAGUUCAACCUCUGCCGGUCUGCUGGAGAAAAAGUCUUCUGAAGUCACACCAACCAAGAAGAGUUCCCACUUCUUCCUUGAAAUUGAAGGCUUCGAGCCCAACCCUGCAGUGAGUAAACCGUCUCCUCCCAUCUUCUCCAAGCCUAUGGAUUCGAACAUCCGUCAAUGUGUAUCUGGAAACUGUGAUGAUAUGGAUUCUCCGCAGUCUCCUCAAGAUGAUAUAACAGAGACACCCUCAAACCCGAACAGUCCAUGCGUUAACCUGGCUCGAGAACAAAACAGAAACAAAAAAAAAUUGAAGAAGUGUAUAUUUGCAGCAGUAUCAGAAGGCAAUGUCGAAGAACUCGACUGCUUGCUUGUGGAAUUGAAGGAGCUUUCAAAAAGACGUAGAAAUGUGGAUAUUCAAGAUUAUUUGAUGCAUAAAUUUACUGCCUCAGACACUGGGAAGACUUUUCUGAUGAAGGCCUUGUUGAACAUCAACCCGAAUACAAAAGAAAUAGUGAGACACCUACUCUCCUUCGCAGAAGAAAAUGGAAUUUUAGAAAGGUUUAUUAAUGCAGAGUACACAGAAGAAGCUUACAAAGGGCAGACAGCACUCAACAUCGCCAUUGAGCGGAGACAGUGUGAGAUCACCGAGACCCUUAUUGAGAAAGGGGCAGACAUCAAUGUACACGCAAAGGGCUUGUUCUUUAACCCCAAGUAUGAGCAUGAAGGCUUUUACUUCGGUGAAACUCCCUUGGCUCUGGCGGCGUGUACCAACCAGCCUGAAAUAGUACAGAUGCUGAUGGACAAUAACAAAACCGACAUUGCCUCCCAGGAUUCCCGUGGGAACACAAUCCUUCACGCGCUGGUCACUGUGGCUGAAGACUUUAAAACCCAAAACGACUUUGUCAAACAAAUGUACGACAGGAUCUUACUGAGGAGUAAGAACAUGGCUUUGGAAACCAUGCAGAACAAUGAUGGUCUCACCCCGCUGCAGUUGGCUGCCAAAAUGGGAAAGUCGGAGAUCCUGAAGUACAUUCUCAGCCGAGAGAUAAAAGAAAAACCCAAGAGGAGUCUCUCCAGAAAAUUCACAGAUUGGGCUUAUGGCCCAGUUUCAUCUUCUCUCUAUGACCUGACCAAAGUAGAUACGACGACAGACAACUCAGUGUUGGAAAUUAUUGUGUACAAUACAAAUAUUGAUAACCGCCAUGAGAUGUUGACGCUGGAACCUCUGCACACCUUGCUGCACAUGAAAUGGAAGAAGUUUGCGAAAUACAUGUUCUUUAUGUCAUUUUGCUUAUAUUUCUUUUACAACAUCACAUUAACCCUCGUCUCUUACUACCGGCCCAGGGAAGAGGAGGCACUCCCUCAUCCAUUAGCUCUGACCCACAAAAUGGGGUGGCUGCAGUUGCUGGGAAGAAUGUUUGUCAUGAUCUGGGCCACGUGCAUCACUGUGAAAGAGGGCAUAGCAAUCUUUCUGCUGAGGCCCUCAGACCUGCAGUCCAUUCUCUCAGACGCCUGGUUCCACUUUGCCUUUUUUAUACAAGCUGUGCUUGUGAUCUUGUCUGUCUUCUUGUACUUGUUUGCCUACAAAGAAUACCUAGCAUGCCUCGUAUUGGCAAUGGCACUAGGAUGGGCUAACAUGUUGUACUACACUAGAGGAUUUCAGUCUAUGGGGAUGUACAGCGUCAUGAUUCAAAAGGUCAUUUUACAUGAUGUGCUGAAAUUUCUAUUUGUAUAUAUAGUUUUCUUGCUUGGAUUUGGAGUAGCCCUCGCCUCACUGAUAGAAAAGUGCCCCCCAAAUGAAAGCGAAUGCAGCUCCUAUGGCAGUUUCAGCGACGCUGUGUUGGAGCUUUUCAAACUCACCAUAGGCUUGGGAGACCUCAGCAUUCAGCAGAAUUCCAAAUAUCCCAUUCUGUUCCUCUUCCUGCUUAUCACUUAUGUGAUCCUAACUUUUGUCCUCCUCCUGAACAUGCUAAUUGCCCUGAUGGGAGAAACAGUGGAAAACAUCUCCAAAGAGAGUGAGCGUAUCUGGAGGCUCCAGAGAGCCAGAACCAUUUUGGAGUUUGAGAAACUGCUACCAGAGUGGCUGAGAAGUAAAUUCCGGUUGGGAGAACUGUGCAAAGUAGCUGACAAUGAUUUCAGACUGUGCUUAAGGAUUAAUGAAGUGAAAUGGACAGAGUGGAAAACUCAUGUUUCAUUUAUCAGUGAAGACCCAGGUCCUGGAAGGCACUCAGGUACUUUUGGUUUGAAAAAAAUACAAGAUGUUUCACGUUCGAAUAGCAAAACCACUCUCAACGCAUUUGAUGAAAUUGAAGAUUUUCCUGAAACUUCUGUGUAG